AAAAACUAUUAAAUUCAGUUGUUUUCAAAUCGUGUUUGUUUAAACUUCAUUUAGCGCUUAAAACGCCAAAUAAUAAUAAAAUAUAAACAAUAAACUAACGGUUAUUUUAAUGUAUUUAAUUCGCAUACACUAGAUAUUUGUAACGGUUAUAAUUGUUGUAAAAACACAAUUUUAAGUUGUAAUAAUAAAGAUAAAAGGAUUAAAAUUGGUGUGGUGAUUUUACAAAUUUGUUUCGUAUUUGAACGAUCUAAAUAAAAUAAUGUCUCCUUUAAACACAAUUUUAGUUAUUGUUUUAAGUUUGUUGGUCUUGGUUACAGCACGACCACAAUUAAAUCGUUUCCAACAUAUUGCUGUGAUAGAAAAUGAUGCCUGGGAACAGACGUUGCCAAGUGAACUACGUAAUCCUUUUUAUAAAACGCCUAGAGUAAGAAAUGCUUUGGCCAAGUCGUCUUGGUUUGGACCAGGCGAAAUGCCGGUUUUGGAUAGACAAGCAGAAAAGAUUGCCAGACGGGAAAUUUAUAAUGUUUUAAGUCAUGCUGGUCUCAUAGAAAGAAGAAACUUUUUGUAAAUUUUAACACAAAAUAAUAACAGUAACAAAAUAAAAUUGUUUUUUUUUAUAUUUGUUUUUUAAGAAAAUAGCAUUUAUUUAGGAAAACUUUUAUGUUGACAUUUUUUUAUUAAUAUAAAAAUAACUUGAAUGCAUUUACACUUUCUUUGCAAAAAGAAACAUUUGGGAAAGAAAACAAAACUAUUGUAAAAAGUAAAUUGUAACAGUUAAAUAUUAUUUUUUUUUUAUACAAUAAAUCAAGCAAAACUUGGAGUCAUAGUUUAAGAUUUAAAUAAAAAACUUAA